AUGAACCAAGCGGGAAGUGCAAGAGACGCACCAGGCAGGAAGUGCCAAGGUCGCACCAAGCAGGAAGUUAAAGGGGCGCACCAGUUGGAAAGUGCCAGGGACGGCAUCAGGCGGGAAGUGCCAGGGACGAACCAGGCGGGAAGUGUCAUGGACGGCCUCAAGCGGGAAGUGCCAUGGACGCACCAGGCGGGAAGUGCCUGGGACAGCACCAGGCGGGAAGUGCCUGGGACGGCAUCAGGAAUGAAAUGCCAGGGACGCGCCAAGCGGGAAGUGCCAGGGACGGCAGAAGGCGGGAAGUGCCAGGGACGCGCCAAGCGGGAAGUGCCAGGGACGGCAGAAGGCGGGAAGUGCCAGGGACGCACCAGGCGGGAAGUGCCAGGGACGCACCAGGCGGGAAGUGCCAGGGACGGCAGCAGGCAGGACGUGCCUGGGACAGCACCAGGCGGAAAGUGCCUGGGACGGAAUCAGAAAGGAAGUGCCGGGGACGCGCCAGGCAGGAAGUGCCAGGGACGAAUCAGGCGGGAAGUGCCAGGGACGCACGAGGCGGGAAGUGCCAGGGACGCACCAGGCGGGAAGUGCCUGGGACGCAUCAGGCGGGUAGUGCCAGGGACGCACCAGGCUGGAAGUGCCAGGGACGGCAGCACGCGGGAAGUGCCAGGGAUGCACCAAGCGGGAAGUGCCAGGGAGAACAGCAGGCGGGAAGUGCCAGGGACGCACCAAGCGGGAAGUGCCAGGGACGGCAUCAGGAAUGAAAUGCCAGGGACGCGCCAGGCCGGAAGUGCCAGGGACGCACCAGGCGGGAAGUGCCAGGGACGCACCAGGCGGGAAGUGCCAGGGACAGCAGCAGGCGGGAAGUGCCAGGGAUGCACCAGGCGGGAAGUGCCAGGGAUGCACCAGGCGGGAAGUGCCAGGGACGCACCAGGCGGGAAGUGCCAGGGAUGGCAUCAGGCGGGAAGUGCCAGGGACGCACCAGGCGGGAAGUGCCAGGGAUGGCAUCAGGCGGGAAGUGCCAGUGACGCACCAGGCGGGAAGUGCCAGGGAUGCACCAGGCAGGAAGUGCCAGGGACGGCAGCAGGGCGGAAGUGCCAGGGAUGCAGCAAGUGGGAAGUGCCAGGGACAGCAGCAGGCAGGAAGUGCCAGGGAUGCAGCAAGUGGGAAGUGCCAGGGACAGCAGCAGGCGGGAAGUGCCAGGGACGGCAGCAGGGCGGAAGUGCCAGGGAUGCACCAGGCUGGAAGUGCCAGGGAUGCACCAGGCGGGAAGUGCCAGGGAUGCACCAGGCGGGAAGUGCCAGGGAUGCACCAGGCGGGAAGUGCCAGGGAUGCACCAGGCGGGAAGUGCCAGGCACGCACCAAGCGGGGAGUGCCAGGCACGCACCAAGCGGGGAGUGCCAGGCACGCACCAAGCGGGGAGUGCCAGGCACGCACCAAGCGGGGAGUGCCAGGCACGCACCAAGCGGGGAGUGCCAGGCACGCACCAAGCGGGGAGUGCCAGGCACGCACCAAGCGGGGAGUGCCAGGCACGCACCAAGCGGGGAGUGCCAGGCACGCACCAAGCGGGGAGUGCCAGGCACGCACCAAGCGGGGAGUGCCAGGCACGCACCAAGCGGGGAGUGCCAGGCACGCACCAAGCGGGGAGUGCCAGGCACGCACCAAGCGGGGAGUGCCAGGCACGCACCAAGCGGGGAGUGCCAGGCACGCACCAAGCGGGGAGUGCCAGGCACGCACCAAGCGGGGAGUGCCAGGCACGCACCAAGCGGGGAGUGCCAGGGACGAUGUGAGCGGUAG